GACAGGAGUAUGGAUAUAUAAUCAUCUCAAGCAGCUGCCAUCCUUGUGCUGCUGAUGACGCCAUAACUACAUCCGGGUAACGACGGUGGUGACCUUGGUUGAACGAGCAUCAUGGCGUCUGUGGUCAGGUUAAGUUGUGUAUGUCGCAGAGGAUUUAAACCUCUGUUUUAUCAAAGCACUUUGUUGUCCAGACCGCUGGCCAUACCUCAUAAAUACCAGGAGCAACCCCACCUGCUGACAGCGAGGAUCCAUGCGUCACAAGCUCUUUACGCAGGCCCUGGCUCUAAAGCCGCCUCCCUGCACUGGACAGCAGAGCGAGUGCUGAGCAUCCUGUUGCUGUCCAUGGGACCUGUCGCCUAUUUUAACCCCGGUCCAGUCAUUGACUAUUCGCUGGCUGCUGCCUUGACACUGCAUGGCCACUGGGGCCUCGGCCAGGUGAUGACAGACUACGUUCAUGGCGAAUCUAAGAUGAAGGCGGCCAAAGCAAGCCUCUUCCUCCUGUCCACUGUCACGUUCGCCGGCCUCUGCUACUUUAACUAUAACGACGUUGGCAUCUGUAAAGCCGUCGCUCUGCUCUGGAGCAAAUGAACUGGAAUGGAAAGUUGAGGCUGGACCCGGACGCCGGGACAUGAGAAAUCGUCUCGGCUGACUGUAAAAACAUUUAAGAUGCUCCAUGUUUAUUCUUUGAAAUAUAUCAUGUUGACGAUGUGUGUGUAAUUGGGAUUCAUGUUGAUCAGUUCAGGCUUCAGGUGCUUUUGCAUUCUCACUACGUAUUACAUAUGUCGCUACUUUAAAAAAAUCUGCAAUCAUGCGAUAUCUACUUGUCUGAUUUGUAACUGUUAAGUUUAGGGUGGAUGUGCAUGUUUUCAACAAACGCCGUCUCAUUUCCAUUAUUCUUUUCAUGUACAGGGGCUGUUGGUGGCUAAUGUCUUAACUUUAUUUUGUUUUAAUCACAGUGUGCACAUGUUUAAUAACAGGAGAGCACUUCAGAUUCUAGCUUUGCCUUCAUCUCACCGGUUAGAACUCGCCCACAUGGUCCAUGUUUCUCUUCCUGUCAUACUGACAGCAGCAAGUGCUUUUUACAGCAUUAAUGUCAGAGUGGCUUUGUGGAAGCGCUGAGUCCAGUGAGCAGGAGUGAGGAGCAGGGAGAGCACACUUGUAUUAUUCGCCUUUUUGCUGCUCUACUGAAGGCUUAUUUAAAGUUAGGAAGGCCAGAUCCUAACCACCUCACUGAUUCAAGCCAUCCAUUAAGUGAUGAUAAUCACAAAAAAGGUCCAGUGUAUAAAUUUUUUUUGGGGGGUCUAGCAAUAUAAAAUUGAAUACAGUAUUGAAAAUUAUUUAUUCCCUUCUGAAAUAUUGGAUUGUGCCAUUUAUAUCCGCAGGCACUCCCACAUGCUUGCUGUGUAACACGUAAUCGAGGGCGAGCCACGUUAUGGCUAACUUUAUUGCAAGGGUUGCUAAAGUGAUGUCAUUGUCAUUAUUGGGGGCACAUAAACAUGUUGCUGUAUAUUUGCAUGAUGUGUUUUGAUUGGUCGACACUCAUCCUGCUUCAUGGAAAGUGUUUCAUUUUUCACCCUCUGACGCACAAAACACAAGUUAACAUGUGGUACAAUGCAGUUUUGACAAGGAUUGACCGUUCAAAGUUUACGAGAAGCGUUUCAGUUCCCUUUUAAUUAUAUUUACAUUGAAGAAGCUGAAGAAAAAAUGAACAUAAGAACUUAUUUAUUAAAAAUAAAACAAAGAAAAAACCUGAAACAUUAAUUAUCAAAAUAGAUUAUCAAUGGGAUAUGAUUAAUCAAUGCAACCCUACCAUGUACUUGUACACGACUUGAUCAUCAGCCAUGAAGUUUGCCAUGUUUGUACAUUAGCCCAGGAUGGAGAAAUAAAAAAGUGGCUCCAAUGAAGGCUUUUCAUGAUUUUAUGCCACCUGAAGUCCACAA